GGGUCAAAGUGAAGGAAAACGCGUGUCGCUGCUACUCGAAUGUAGCGGAAAUAGAAAUAUGCAGCAAAGUUUUUCCUAAGUUUCGCGCCCACCCUUUUUAAACUCAUCCUCAUCCCAAACAUGAACUCAAAUAUUACAGACGCCUCGCAGGACGAGCUGAUCAAAUUAAUAUAUCACCAUUUAAAGGACAACGGCUACAAGAAAGCAGCCAACGUGCUGAGAAAGCACGCGCCCCAGGUUGAAACUGAAGAAGUGAAAGCAUCCUUGAGCGACAUCUUUAAGAAGUGGGGAAGCUCAGAUGAUGGAGAUGUAGUGGAUCCAAAAAAGUCUGCGAGCAGCAAGACGACUUCAGGAUUGGCCAAAAAAUCAACGAAACAGAAGAAAAAAGAAACCGUGACAAAACCGAGGGAAAGAAAAAAGUCGGUGCCUCCUUUGGCAGGGAACGAUUCUGAUUCAGACUCGAGUUUAGAUGUGGAGAAGUGGAGGAAAAUGGUUUCUCAGUUAUCAGAUGCUGAUCGAGUGAAGAUGGAUGUUCUCUCGAUCUUGGAAGACCCUCCGGUCUCAUCUGCAAAGUCUUCAGCAAAGGGAAGGACGACAAAGAAGCCGGCGAGAGCUAAAAAAGAGGCAAACCCAGCCAAGAAGGGAAAGACCAGUACACCAGCAAAGAAAUCGACUUCCAAACCUGACGACAUUCCCCUAACAACUGACACAUCUGAGACUCCUUCAAAAAAGUCAAAAGACAAAGACUCUGUAGCUCUUUCUGAAUCUCAUGAAGUUAAGACACCAUCCAAAAAGGCUGGGAAUAAGACAAAUAGUAUUAUCUCAGGUCUUGAUGUGGUUAAGACCCCUAAAAAAACAAAGGCUAAAGCCACAAACUUAUCUGAUACACCAGAAGCACACCAUGAAAUGAAUGGACUCUUAAAAACUAGCAAAACAGCCUCUCCGCUGACCAGGACUAAAGAGGUUGGUGUAACAGAUUCAGAAGCCAAUACGACUCCUAAAAGAGUUCACUUUAAAAAAGAUAAUGGUUUUUCAGAGCAAGCUGAGACCAGUGUUUGCAAAGAUAUUGAUACCUCAGAAACCAGCAGCAUUGAAAAUCCGUCAAAAAAGGCUAAAAAGAAGAAAAGCCAAUCUGAAAGCAGUAAUGUUGAAACUGACAAUAGUCCCUUAAAUAUGAAAGCUGCUAGCAAGCUGCUAGAAACUGACGCUACGAUGGACGCUAGCUCUGACCAAUCAGAGACGCCAUCAAAAAAAGUGAAAAACAAGAAGCCCGUUCCCGAUGAGACUCCUUCAAAGAAGGUUAAAGCUAAGAAAACCCAAGGCCCUUCUGAGAUUGACCAAGAAACGACAUCGGAGAAACCUGAUGCUUCUCUAGAAUUCUCUUCAUCUAAAAAGAACAAACUUAAGGCAAGUAAAAGCCAUUCAGAAACCGUUGAGCCUGAAACGCCAUCAAAAAAAGCUAAAGCCAAGAAAGUUAAAAGCACCGAAGACCCUGCCGAGGAGGAAACGACCGGUAAGAAACCCAAAACAGCCGCAUCGGAUGCUGAUCUCCCGCGGUCUGACUCCACAAACAGCUCUUCGACGAAAAGAAGAAGCAAGGCUGCUGAUGCUGUGGAGAUCCAGAAUGACGCUCCUUCAGAAACACCCUUAAAAAGUAGUAAAUCUCAAGCGAAGACUGUAGAUGGUGAUGGUCUGGGAAAUGAGGAAACCUGUAGUCAGGAUCUAAAAACUCCUUCCAAAAAAAGAAAACACAAAAGGGAAGAAGCGUGUGAUGUCCCAGCACCGGAGGAGGCCACGCCUGAGCCCAAGAAGACCAAGAAAGACAAAGAGAAGAAGAAAAGCAAGGAGAGUGAAAACACAGAUGUUCUUCAACCACCAGCAGCAGCAGAAGAAGAAGAAGAAGCAUCCGUUCCUGUAGAAACGAGUCAGAAGAAAAAGAAGAAGAAGAAAAAGAAGGAGAGAGAUGAAGAAACCGAGGAGAUGAUCCCUGAUGAUCCUCCUGUAUCUGCUCCAGAUGAGGAGGAGGUCGUGCACAGAAAGAAAAAGAAGUCUUCAAAAGAGAAACGGCUCAGUAGUGAUGAAACUCAUGGAGUCAACAGCACAUAACAACAGACUUCAGUUCACAAUCUCGGCUGAAAUCAGUAUUUAACCUGAAUGCAUGCUCCGUCCUUAUUGUAUGGAUCAUGUUUGUUCAUAUGUAUGUAAGUCAGUGUUUUUAUGUUUUGUAUUUUUAUGGGAAGGUACGUUUUGAGAAAUAUUUAGUAUUGUUGUUUUUUUUAUUAUUGUCUUUUUCUAUUUUUGAUAACUGGAUUUCCUGUGAUUAAGAUGAAUUUUAUGCCUUUUGUAUUCUUUUAAAAACUUUUUUUUUUUUAUAAAUCAAGAGAUCCAAGGGAAAAAAAACAUUGUUUUAUUUUCAUUUUGGUCAUAUGAUAGGUAUUCUUAAAUUUUUAAUUAAAAGAGUAAAAUGGCUUAAGAUCAAAUAUUUAAUUCUAUAAAUGUGUUCAAAUGUAUGCACAUUAAGAAAAAAAAAGUCACGUUGUAUAUGUCAUUUUUGAUUCAAAAUAGACAUCAGAUGGUUGAAAUUACAACGGCCUCCUCUCAUUCUUCACACAGAAAUGCACGUCAGAUAUAAAUACAUAUGUUGGCAUAUUUCCUAGAAUUAAAACAAAAUAUACAUUUGGGUGAAAAAUAUGUUGCAUUUAUUUUAGAAAUUGCCAAUUAAUCAGAAAAGAUAAAAAGUAACAGCCACUGACCAUUAUUUCUUGCUUGAUUUGCUACAGACUGUACCAGAGACAUGCAUUUAAAUUCAGUCAUUUUUUUCUUCAUUUUCACAGAAGAUACUGUAAUUUGUGAAAUACUUUAAUGAUGCCUUUUAGAUUGAAAUAAAAGAAAAC